AUGGAUUCAACUUUGGACCAGGACGGGGACACAAUCAUGACGGACGCCCCUCCGCUGUCGCCCCCGUUAACGCCUCCCGCUGACCCAUGGAGCGAUACUGGAUUCAAUUUCGGCACUGUGGUACGAAAUCCGCGCUUCAACCCGCCUCCUGUUGCUUCUUCGUCGCCGGAUGGAGACAACAGUCAACCUGACUUUCCGCAACCUCGUCCCAGGGCACCACGCCGACUGGGCAUAAGCGUGGACAAAAAACAUUCCGGGGCUACUGCCGAUACUGCCCGACAGUCUGGGAGUAGACGGCCCCGAGGUGUAGAGACCGGAAAUUCCGAUGUGUCUCGCCAGGGCAAUGCCAGAUGGAUGGUUGACCUGCCAGGACGAAGUCAGCAAUCUGAUCAACAGAAAUGGUCGGACAAUUUGGGUGAGCAGAUGACAUCCAAAAGACAGGUCAGACAGCGGAGAGGAGGAGGAUGA